AUGACUUCGAAAACAGAAAUUAAUCAUGAUCAGGAGAUUACUCGCCGACUUGAUCUUCCGUAUAUGAGCGGAUUACCUCUAAGAUUCUUAGUACCCUUAGUUGAAUACGUGCCUGGGCUAUCGAGUUAUUUUUUUUCGAAUAUGGGGAUAAGUACCUUAAGAAAUAAAUCAUUCAAAGAAGACGCAACUCUUAUGCCAUUGCCUUUACCAAAAGAAUUGUUUGGCAUCCAAGAACCAAUGAAAAUCGAUGGGUUAGAAAUUUUUGGUCAUCAAAAUAAAGAACAUAGUCCAACUCAAGAAAUUCAAAAAUUUUUAUGCGCGCGUGAUUAUACUGAAGCAUACUUAGCCAAAAGGGUUACUCCUUUACAAGUAUGCAAAAAAUUAAUCGACAAUAUCAAUCAAUCAUGCUCUGAAGAGUGUGACCCACCUCUUUACGGUAUUUAUCAAUAUCACCAACAUGAUAUUAUGGCACAAGCUGAAGCUUCAACCUCCAGAUAUAAUCAAAAUCGGUCUUUGGGACCCCUUGAUGGUGUUCCUGUGGCGGUUAAAGACGAGAUUGAUGUUAUAGGUUAUGAGACACAUGUAGGAACUUCAUUCCUUAAUCGGGGAAAACCUGCUACAGAAGAUGCUUUUUUGAUUAAAAAAUUAAAGGAUCAAGGUGCUAUAAUAAUCGGAAAAACAACCAUGCAUGAAAUUGCAUUUGAUAUUACAACUAACAAUCCGAAUACACAUACUUGUCAUAAUCCCUAUAAUACCGAUCAUUAUUGUGGAGGGUCAAGUGGCGGUAGUGCAUGUGUUGUUUCCAGUGGUUUAUGUCCAAUCGCAGUAGGUAGUGAUGGUGGUGGCUCUAUAAGAAUACCAUCCGCAUUUUGUGGAAUCUAUGGAUUAAAGCCUACAUGCGGAAGGGUUUCUUCAAAAGGAGAUUUUCCACUCUUCAAUUCCAUAGGUGUUGCAGGUCCUAUGGCUGCUUGUGUGGAUGAUUUGGCAUUGGCUUAUUAUGUCAUGGCUGGAAAAGAUUCUGAGGUUUCGUGGAAUCGACAAGUGGUCGAUCCUGCUAUUACUUCUGCACUUCAAACAUUCAUCAAUGAAUUGAAAUCUCUUGGUGCUAAGUUUAUCGAAAUUGAUAUUCCAGAAUUAGAAGAUGCACGAAUAGCUCAUCUAAUCACUAUUGUUUCCGAAUUAUGCACUACUAUGAAUGGAUACAAAGAGUAUUUCCACUUGUUAAACCCUCCUAAUAGAUUAAACAUCGCAACAUACAAUAAUGUGAACGUUUCAGACUACAUUAAAGCACAACAUGUUCGUACGCGUAUGAUGCGUAAUGUCUCCAAUGUAUUUUCUGAAGUUAAUCUUAUUUUAACACCUACCAGUGCUAUAACUGCUCCUCCCAUCUAUCCAAGAGCCUUAAAAUAUGGUGAAAUAAAUUCUUUAGUAACCUCUAACGGAAUGAUGUAUGCUCAAUUGGCAAAUUUUAUUGGCAUUCCUGCAAUUACAGUACCUGCAGGUUAUAAUGAUAAGAAUCUUCCUAUUGGAUUGCAAUUUAUGGCAAAAUGGUAUGAUGAAUCAACAUUAUUAAGGGUUGCAAAAGUCUCGGAGGAAAUAUUAGGAAGUAAGAGAAGAAAACCUUCAGAAAAAUAUUGGUUUGGUGAUUUAUUGUAA